UCCGCCCGCUGCUCUGUGCUCACCGGUGGGUGGCGGCGCGCUGCUUCUGCGGCAACGCCGGCCGUGCUCACAAGUACCUGGAGCUGCUGGCAUAGACUGGCAGAUAUGGCGAGCUCUGGCUGUGAGGACCAUGCGGGCCAGGAGGGGGAGACGUUCCUGUAUUUCGCCUACGGCAGCAACCUACUAACCGAGAGGAUCCACCUGCGAAACCCCUCUGCCGUGUUCUGCUGCGUGGCGCGCCUGCAGGACUUUAAGCUCGACUUUGGCAAUUUCCAAGGCAAAACAAGUGAGAGGUGGCAUGGAGGUAUAGCUACCAUUUUUCAAAGUCCUGGCGACGAAGUGUGGGGAGUGGUGUGGAAAAUGAACAAAAGCAAUUUAAGUUCCCUGGAUGAGCAAGAAGGAGUUAAAAGUGGAGUAUAUGUUGUAAUAGAAAUUAAAGUGUCAACUCAGGAAGGGAGAGAGGUAACCUGUCGAAGUUACCUGAUGACGAAUUAUGAGAGCGCUCCCCCAUCACCGCAGUAUAAGAAGGUUAUCUGCAUGGGUGCAAAAGAAAACGGUUUGCCACUGGAGUAUCAAGAGAAGUUAAAAGCAAUAGAACCAAACGACUAUAAAGGGAAAAUCUCAGACGAAAUGGAAGAAAUCAUCAAAAAGGGGGAGUCAAAACUGUAUAGAACAUAACAGAACCUGAGGAUAUUUCUGUGUGUGGAAUGUUUUUAGUGUUUGCAAGCAGGAAUCUGGGACCUUCCUGUUUGUAAUCUAUUGGUUUUCAACAGAGCUGUGAAGGGGUUUCUCACUUUGGCAGUUCCUUGUUUUCGACUGUACAAAAGAUUUGGAAUGGGGAUAAGAAUUCAACAAUUAAAAGGGGCCAGGAGGUCCUGGAGUGUGUAA